AUGUCUUCGAACACUAUCGAUCCAAUGACCUAUAUUGCUACUGCCGCGGAUUUAGAGAUUCGUUGUGCAAAAAUUGCAGAUCCGGGUAUAGACUUGAAAACCAAGAAUGCCGUCGCUUGUGAAAUUCGCGAAAUGCUCGAUACAAUUCGGGAUUCAGAGACUAUUCGUGUCCUUCCUUAUUUGAUUCCUACCCUCCUUGAACUACUACGAACCGGCGAAGUCACCUUUCGUAAGGAUACCCUCGAAUACCAGUUUCGUCGCGUUCUGGUCGAAAUUAUGUAUCGACUUCCCACAUCUGACGCUGCGAGGCCUCACCUCAAUUCCAUGUUUGAAUGUCUCUUUCAUUUGGUUCGUCAAGACAACGAGGAGAACGCCGCGCUUGCCUGCAAAACAUUGAUCGACCACGUCCGCAAUUACAGGUGCCUCACCGAGGAGAACUUGAGCGAAUGUACCACCCUUUUUAUCGAAGGUUUGGGCCACAUGUCCGACCUUGUAACUCGAUUGCUGUCGGAAGACUCUGCCGCUAUGGAUUCCGAGGUAGCAUUACGUGGUCUACAUAGCUUCAAAGUAAUGGCCGAAAUGGGGUUGGUAAUGGUCAUGUUCUCUCGUGCUAUGCGACAAAUGGCACCCGUGGUCAAGGCCACCAUCGACCCUACCUUCGAGGUCAUUGAAUUGGAAUCGCCGGCGCAGAAAAAAGUUCGCGAUGACUGUGAGGCGAUGGGGAACACUUGGGCUGGAAUGGCUUCCACCAUAAAAAAUCCUGGUGCAUACUCCGAUUUUGUCAAUGCACAGAUCAAACUCUUGUCAUACCUCGUGUAUAUUUUGAGACAAGUGACAGACCAAACUGCAGUAGAAUACGGAGAACGUCUGACGUUAAUAGCUCUUCGUCUACUUCAGGACUGUCCUGCAACCUCGACACCGCUUCGAAAGGAGCUAAUGGUUGUUUUCCGACAUCUAAUUGGCACACCUCAUCGACGCGUCCUUGUUCCACAAAUUGACAAGCUUUUCGAUGAACGAAUACUUCUGGGCACUGGGAUUGGGAACAAGGAAAUUCUCAGAACGGGCGUUUAUACCGCUGUUGCCGACCUCUUUCACCAUUUGAAAGGAGAACUAUCAUUCCCUCAACUCUCCCGUUUAGUUCACAUGCAUUUGCGUAUCAUGCACAAUCCAAUGGUCGGCAACAAUGUGCAUAUUCUUUGUGCGAAAAUUCUCUUUGGGCUCCCAGAAACGAUCAUCACGAAGGAAACGCCUGAAAAUGCUGCCCGCUUGUUGGAGGUCAUGUUUCACAGCUGCCUGGAUCGACUGACUGCUCUUACACAUAUCCACGACGAGCUUGUCGCCGCUGCAGAACGACGGAAAAACGAUGAUGAAAAGGCUGAGGAUGCUGUGUUCGUGGAGAGAGCCAGGCCAGUUGGAGGAGCGUCAUUUGCUCUGGAAAAGCCCGAAGAGAUUAUGCAAGGAAAGUACGAUUCAUAUUUUGCCUAG